ACCACUGUUCCUUUCCAUCCGCAGGUGAUCUGAGAAGCAUCAGGGCCACAUCUCUACGUUGUUCUGUUAGCUGGGUGAAAUUCCAGGCGCUUGGGUCCUACUGAAAGGUUCCUGGAAGUGUUGGAGAAAGAGAAUGAGUAACUGCUUUCUGCUGUGAGAUUAUCCCCAGCAUGCAUGGAGGAGGGGAGGCAUAGCGAGGGAUUAAUGGAAGCUUCCCAAUCUCGCCCAUGUAUUUCUUUCCCUUUUCCCCCCCACCCUGCAAUGCAUGGAUCAUUGGUCAUGGGAAUGGAAUAUUGUUUCCUCUGUGCCGAGAAUGGAUGUGGGCCUUCCCAAGGCAUUUGGGCAACAGGUUCAGCUUAGCUGAGCCCAUGAUGGGAUGGCGAAGAGGCUUCUCUCCUAAAUUCCCAUGUCUUUUGAAGGAACGAAACAACCGGGGUAGAAGAAUCCAAGGGUCCAGAUCCACGAUGAUGCACCUUGUGGCCCUGAGAGCAACCUUGCUCCUCUUCUUUCUCCUCUCUGUGUCUGAGUUCCUCUUGGGCGAAGAAUUGGAAGCAACCUCAGACACCUACUGGUCCGGCACAGCACCCAUCUGUUUGGGCGGAUGCAAAGGGAAACACAAGGAAUUGAAAAGAAGCCCAUGCGGAAAUGGAAGUUGCUGCUGGUUGGGCUAUAAAUCGUUUUGCAGAGUGAACUGCGGGCGACCAGAAGCGGGGUUCAAUUCGGUGGUCUACGGCAAUGACUGGUGGGUGGGAUCUGUAGUCCGUUACAACUGCCGGCCGGGCUUCCUGCUGGUGGGUGACCCAGCGAGUGCAUGCCAGUCCAGUGGCCACUGGACUCCCAAACCGACUUGCCUCCGGAUCUGCCUUCGGGGCCGAAUAGAAAUCAAUGAGCGUGACAUUGAUGGGAGCUGCUCCUCUACCUGUCCCAACAAGGCCCACCUGGGAGCCUUCCUCAACCAUGGCUGCAUCAAGAUCUCCUCCUGCGUCACCAAGCAAUCUGGCUGGACCCGCUGGUUCUCCCGCUGCGACUUUUGCGAGUGUGACUGCUACGUCCCUUGCACUUCAUCAAGAUAAAAGCCACUGCCAAAGAAAAUAAGAUAUUUCAAUAUGCCAACUUCUAGACCUUGCUGCCAUCCUUUUGAUUCCAGGAGAUCUUCAGCAGACGUCUCUUUCUCUGGAUUUCGACCCGUGGCUGAAACGAUCCCUGGUUGGCUGGACUCUCUUCUCCAUCAGGCUGGUUUCUGGGACAAACAGAUUGUGCUGAGCAGCUAAUUUUUAAUUUUGCAUGAA